UGGCGAAGCUCGCAAUCUCAUACUCGCGAUCAGGCUGUCGACUCGACGACAACCCUUCCUCGUGCCCAGUGCUUCACCUUCCGCCACGAAUCGCAGUUUGGAUUCUGCUUUCAAACGGUAAACUCGUUCCACAGGAUAAAAAAGUACGACCACUUCCGUAAUGAAUCGAAGGAUCGCGGUGCUAAUCGUCAGCCUUGCCCUCGUGUUGGCGGUUCGUUCAGACGAGAAAUUAAAGUGCUACAUGUGUACUUCGUUAACGGACCCUGGCUGCGACACGGACCUGAACACAGAGGAUAUCAAAGAAUGCACUUUGAAUAACAUGGACUCGUUUAAACAAAGGAUUCAACAGCACAACGAUUUAAAUAAGAUAUCCAUCAUUUUCGAAGUUGACAAAUCUCAGUAUUAUCAAGCAUCCGCCCCGAUGGCAUGCGCUAAAAUGAUUCUCAAGGUUAACAAUCAAGAUGUGACGGUGAGGACUUGCCAGACAGCGAAAACGGAGACUAUCGACCCGUGCAAAGCGAUCGAAAACAAGUUCGUCAACAAUGUUUACGAUCUACAAAGUUGCCAAUUAUGCGAGGAGGACGCUUGUAACGGUUCCAUUUCUGUUUCACCAAGGAUUCUUCUCCCACUGUUGUCCACCAUUGGUGCAGUAGCUUUCGCCUCUUUUUACAAGACCGCGUAACCUUUAUAAAUUAUCCAAGUUGAAAGAAUCGAUUUCGAUUGUCUUGUCGAGUUACGAUUCCAUUUAGCAUAUUCUAAAAUUUGAAACACACACAUAUACGCAUGUAUAAGCAUCACAUUUGUUCAUUGAUAUUCCACGUCGUUUCACAAUGCGUUUCGAAUCGUGAUAUAUUUGCUACAUGAAAGAAAAUCGAUUAAAAAAUUUGUUAGAUCUCUGAGUUGAAUUAUUUAUUUAUUUAUUUAUUUUUUUGCAUUACAUAUUAUUUUAUACAAUUCUUAUUUAUAUAAAAUUCAAGAAAAAACAGAUUAGAGUAAUAUUUGUUGAAAAGCAAGCGAGAAAAUAUAGCGUGCUAUUGAUUAUUCGAAUUUGAUGUAAGAUUUUUUUUUCCGAUUAAAUUCGUUUCGUAAAUCGUUAUUUCGAUACGUGUAAUUUUGAUACAAUUCCGAGAACAAGAAAUUUCCAUUUUCUACGUUUCAAAAAUAACGAAUUAGCAGAUUUUAUAUACCAAAUUUGAAAAUUAAAACAGUGUCUAUAUGUAGAACGUUAUGGUAAUCGAUUCCACGAUUCCAUCGCCUGUAACGCGUGUUCCUUAUAAAAAUUCGAAUAUUGUAUUUAUAAUUGCAUAUUUGAGCACAACCUUAUAAAUAAGUAAAUAUAUUAUAUAGCUAUAUAUUAUACGAAUUAAGGGGCUUAUGUGAAAUUUUGGCCAGUGUUUAUAUCGACGAAUGCCAUUUACAGUGCUUGACAGAAGAUCGAAUAUAUAUAUAUAUAUAUCAUUGCACGAGCAAUAAAAUAUGUGUGUAUCGUUAAAAUUUCUCAAAAGAUACGAAUUUUAAUACUCUGUACAUACGCGAUUAAUAAUCGAAUAAUUUUAGAUUAUAGAGACAAAAUUUUAACAUUUUCGCUAUGUGUAUAUGAAUUUCUUAUCUUCUUUGUAAAUAUCAACGAUUAAUCUACUUUCAACAAUUAACUCCCAUGUUUUUUUUUAUCAAGAUGCGAGCGAUAUAUUUAUGUAGUUUCGGUUUCGAAAAACAUUUGUAUUUUUUAGUGUAAUGUUUAUGUAACACUUUUAAUUCUGAAACAGAGGAAUUAAAAUAUAUAUAUAUA